AUGACAAUUCAUCCCCAACAACUUACAGGUGGAAACAUAGAUGUAGGUGGAUUCAAAUAUGAAGACUAUGGUCUUAUGCUAAGCGGAAGUGAGCCUCUCUUGAUGGGACGAAAGUUAAAAGGUCUAAAGCCUAUGGAGUCUGGAACAAAGAAAAGAUCAACAAAAGGUGUAGCCUCAAGAGAUUCAGAAAAAGAAAUUGAUAAUCUAAUGAGAAGCGACUAUCCUUCACGUAUGAAAGGAAGAAAGAGAACUCCAAUACAUAAUUGAUAGCAUGCAUAUGGUCAUUAAGUAGUUUAAGAAACGUACAAGUUCAUUAUGGUAGAAGAAAUGUUAAUCAGGGCUAUAUAUAAAACAUAUGUUUAGAAUUUUUCUUACCUUUUUUUUUUGAAUCUGCAAACAAUGUAUGCUCUUACUUUAGCGUUUAG